AUGUCACACGUCGUUAUCCGUGGAAUCCCCUUUGCAACUCGUCUGCGCGCAGCCAAAGGUGGCGCCAGGCAGCUUCUUGAGCGCGACCGCGCCCGCGCACAGAAGUUUCUGGCUGGCAAGUCCCACCAUACCCCCUUGGGUACCGCUCUAUCCGCUUCAGUUCCUUCUAGCAGCAGCAAUACUGCAAACUCUAGCAUUGACGUCACCGAUUCAGGUGUCACUUACACCAUGCAAGUUGGUGUUGGAAACCCAGCCACCCAGUAUACAUUGUUGAUCGAUACCGGUAGUUCGAAUACUUGGGUUGGUGCAGACCUGCCAUACAAACCCACAAGCUCCAGUCACAACACUGGUAACACUAUAAAUGUUAGCUAUGGUUCGGGAACUAUGUCCGGAAAGGAAUACACCGACACCGUGACCUUGGGGUCAAGCUUGGUUAUCCAGAACCAAGGCGUUGGCGUGGCUUCAUCCGCGCAAGGGUUCGAGGGCGUUGAUGGCAUAUUGGGUGUCGGUCCUGUAGACCUUACAGAAGGAACCGUGUCUAACACAACGGAUGUGCCUACGGUUACCGACAACUUAUAUGCUCAGGGAACAAUCCCCUCCAAUUUACUCGGCAUCUCCUACGAGCCGUCCUCCAAUGCUGACGUAGCCAAUGGAGAGCUCACAUUCGGUGGGACCGAUAACACCAAGUACACUGGCACGCUCAAUACCGUUCCACUUACCACCACCUCCCCAGCCUCGCUGUAUUGGGGUAUCAACCAAACAGUAUCGUACGGCACUGGCCAAACAAUCUUGAAUACAACUGCCGGCAUCGUGGACACUGGCACUACCCUUCUUCUCCUUGCCACUGAGGCCUUCCAAGCCUAUCAGAAGGCAACUGGUGCCGUCGAAGAUCCGACUACAGGACUCCUAACCAUCACGCCACAACAAUACGCCAAUCUUCAAAGCUUGUACUUCAAGAUUGGCAAUGUUACCUACGACUUUACGCCUAAUGCUCAGAUCUGGCCACGUAAUCUGAACAGCAUCCUUGGAGGAGAAGAGGGCCAAAUCUAUCUCAUUGUGUCUGACCUUGGUUCCUCAUUCGGGAGCGGGCUGGAUUUCAUAAACGGAUUUGGCUGGCUUCAGCGCUUUUACACUGUCUUUGACACCGGGAACAAGCAGCUCAGUGUUGCGACUACGACAUACACUGAUGCUGAUACCAACUGA